AUGUCGAAAAGAACUUGGUCUGAAGCUGAGAAUGGAGAGCAGCAGUUUCCUCCCAUGAUCUCGAGAAAGGUCAAGGCCUGUACAGCCUGUCGGAGACAAAAGAUCAAAUGUUUGAUUGACGAUAAUGGUCCGCCUUGUAGACGAUGUGCGGAAAAGGGCUUGUGUUGUGUCUUGGGGAAGAGUCUACAAACUAUUCUAGACGAAAAGUCACAGUUAUCCCAAGAUGUGGCGCAAGAUCUGGAGCAGAUGCAUAAUUUUCUAAAACAGGUGGCAGGCAAACUUGAUCUAGAACUUCCUCCUCUGCGGUCCUUCAUUACGCCAGCAGAAGGACCAAAAGACGAAUCACCAAGUCAAUCAAACAAAGGCCAUCAUAUCCCAUCUCGCGAUAAUUCACCAAAACCUAUGCCAGAAGACGACGAUCUACCAUAUGCUCCUAUUCACUCACUCUACACUCUUACAAAACUGCGUGCUCUCCGAUCACCAGAUGAUAUCGACUCACAGCAACACCAAGGCAACGACGACAUAAUAACGCGACGUCUAGUAUCGUUACCCGACGCGGAAAGACUAUUCGAAUUCUACAAGAAACGCCUGGAUCCAUAUAUCUACCUUAUUGGUUGCCCGUACGAGUCAAUGCAAGCGUUGCGGCAAAAAAGCCAGUUUCUCCUUGUGGCAGUUCUUACAGUUGCCGCACUUCAUGAUCCGACAGCCGAUCAUCUAUACCCAAUCUGCAGCUCCGAGUUUAGAAGACUAUUCGAGACGUCGAUAUUUGAAAGACGACUCAGCAGAGACUAUUUGCGAGCUUUGUGCAUCGGAUGUUAUUGGCUAAGUGAUCUAUCGUGGAUGUUAUCAGGUCACGCCAUACGACGAGCAGCUGAAUUCGACCUUCACAACAGUUAUGACAGGGCUAUUGAAAAGUCUAGUCAAGAAGAUGCAGAGUGUGCCAGAAUUUGGUACAUCCUUUGUGUAUGCGACCAACAACUUGCAACGCAAUACGGAAGACCAUCUAUAGUGCAAGAAGACGCUUCCACACAAGGAGCUAUAGACUUUCUUCGUUCUGCUAUUUCGAAUGAGGAAGACAGACGGUUGCUUAGCCAAGCUACUGUGGUUAGUAUCUUGAGGAGCAUAAGAGAGCUUUUUAGCUCAAAUAAGGGGAAACCGAUUCCUAGAUUGCAUUUGAACCAUAUAUCGCACUUCAGGUUGCAACUUGAUCAGUGGUUUGCCUUUUGGACGGAUCAAGUCCAAGAAAAAUGGCCUGGUAUUGGUGGUUUCCCACGAAAGGGAAUCGUUCUCCACUACAACUUUGCCCAACUAUAUCUAUACUCACAUGUCUUCCGUGGCAUAUCCAAAGACGACCACAUCCCACAUUACUUUCUAGACUGUGCUCUCAACGGUAUAACGGCAGCCACCACAAUCAUCGACAAGUUCCUCCAUGAUCCGGAUAUCACACAGGGUAUAGUCGGCAUGCCAUCAUACGUCCAUUCCAUGACAGCUUUCGCCUCCAUGUUUCUUACCAAAGUAGCCAUCAAGUACCACGAUCUUAUCGCAAGAGACAAGGUUUAUGAUUUGAUCAUUGGCUUGGUGCAGCAGUUUCGAUCACAGCCUGCUGGAAAAUGGCAUCUGGCAGGUCUCAUGGCUAGUGGGUUGGAACGAAUGGCGCAGACGUUGAAGCCAGAUGUUCCGGUGGAUAUGGGGCCGCCUUUAGGUGUUGGGAUGGACCAGGGCGUUGAUGCUGGGAUAUCGGGGGUUGAUAAUUUCUUUCCUGAUUUGCCGGGUGAUUUCUUCUUUAACUAUGAUAUGAGUUUUGAAAUGCCGGCGACGUAG